GUUGUAUUAAUCAACUCACUUUAUUACAUAUCUUCCCCUAUAACAAACUCCUACUAUCUACUCUUCUCACACACGCAAAUAUACACUAUGAAAACCUCGGCAACUAUCCUUAUUAUGGCAGCUUUGCCUACUGUUUUUGUCACGGUUUGGGGUGCUCCUGCCUGUCGUACCUCACCUGUCAUGAGAGUGACUGCCAUGUCACACUAGCGUUGUUUACAGCUACUCACCUAUAUAUACUGUUUGUAGCUUCACCCAAUACAACCUCAGUACAAUCUUCGAAUUCUUCCCUUUGCGUACAGUUCUUCACUGAACUCUGACAGUUUUCUCCCUCCCAGCACAAUCACCAAUCGAUAUUGGUAGGUCUGUCAACAUGGUCCGUCACGAGGUCACCACAUCAGAAGGAAGAAGCAUAACCUUUCACGUACACGACUCCCUGGUGCCUAGUUCCAAUCUAGAGAAACGUGUUAAUAUCCCAUCCCUUUCACCCGACCAAUUUAGUGGAGACGCAUGUGGCGCCAGCACUUUCAAGCAAACAAGCACUGGUUUCAUGAGCCUUAUGAGCAGUCAGGACUGCACCGACCUUGUUAGUGGCGUCCAUAGCCAAUAUUCCUCUGGAGGUCACUGGUGCCUCACCGAUGGGUAUGGCGGAAGUGCCUCUCGUUGGAUCGAGUUAGCGAGCAGCGGGACAUGUCACAUCUACAUCGACAGACACAACUUCCCUGACCCUUCUAUCGCCGAUUGCAUAGACGUUGGUACGUUCGAUUUGGAGGAUCUGGUCCGAUCCACGAUGUCUAUGUUCAAAGUGAAACUUGCCACUCCGGCGACAGCCAUACCGCAGGUCUAUCCAGCUCAGGGUACUAUGAAAUGCAACCCGUCGCCUAGAAGGUUCGUAACAUGGGCGAUUCAAAAUGGCUCCCCGUAGAGUCAGGGUUAAAGCUCAACAGAGUGCUUAC